UCUUGAUUGCAUAGUUUUAAAUGAUUUAAUUUUUAAACAUGACCGAUUCAGAUACGUUCGCUAUAUAGAGAUUAGUGUAAACACACACGCAGGUUUAUUUUUAGCUCAGUUCAUGUAUAUCAUUAUCGUAUGAGAAGAUUGUACGGCUAAACGUUUGUCGUUGUAAACAUCACAGAUCACAUGUACAAUGUAACAUUCGGGUUUGUGCAUUAGUUAAGACUGGUCUUUACAAAAACAAACAGGUGUUAUAGCAUCUAUCUUCUGCAAAUGGAGUUACGGUUUGUACGUGAAAAGAACGCACUUGAGAUCAGUUGGAUUAAAGGAAAAAUCAAUGGUACCAUUCCGCCGUAUGUGCAUGGGGAUCUGUACAGAAAUGGAGGGGGGAUGUAUGAGGUAGGGAAUUACACCUACAAUCAUCUGUUUGACGGACUUGCUAUGAUCCAGCACUUCAGAAUCGCUCCACAUGAAGUAAAAUAUCAGCGAAAAUAUCUUCAAAGCGACACCUAUCAAAAGGUAUCAACUGCAAAGGCACCAGUCGUUGGCGAAUUUGGCACUGCAGCUAUUCCAGACCCUUGCAAAAACAUAUUCAAGAGGUUCCUCACGUUCUUUUCGGCAAGAGAUAUGACAGACAACACGUCUGUGAACAUCAUACCUUUCAACGACAAGCUCUACGCCGCCACCGAAACCAAAUAUUGGAACCAGAUUGAUCCUGAAACACUGGAUCGAAAUGAAAAGCUUGACCUAAAAGAGCUGACGACUGUUGACAUGGCAACCGCGCAUGCGCACAUCGACACAGAUGGCACUGUGUAUAACGUCGGUCACGUGUUUACGAAAGGGUUGCCAACUGUAGUGACACGUAUGCCCAGACAAACAGAUCUGCAAGUUGUUGGAUCGAAGCUCGAUGCGACAGAAAACGUCGUUGCGCUAGUACCUUCCUCCUUUUGGACCCACGUUCAUUACUUCCACAGCUUCGGCAUGACGAAAAAUUACAUCAUCAUCAUUCAACAACCACUCCUCAUGGACAUAAAAAGGGCUGCGCUAGGAUACUCGGCGACAGAUGCCUUGAAAUGGCACCCAGAUAUGAAGACGCGAUUUCGCAUGAUACACAAACAGACUGGAGAGCAGCUAAACAAGCAUAUGGUCUACGAGGCUGACGGGUUCUUUACGUUCCAUACUGCAAACGCGUAUGAGGAAAACGAUAACAUUGUGAUGGAUUUGGUGUGGCACAAAGACGCCGGGAUUAUCGAUGCGUUUUAUCUAAAGAAUCUUAGUUCGGAAAAAGUAGAAGAAACGUUUAAGAAGAUCGAUAAUUCCGUACUGAAAAGAUUCGUUUUUCCCGUCAAUGUGAGCGAAAAGGCCAAAAACGGCAAUUCCUCUUCUUCUGCACCGUUUCACAUAUUCCUCAAAGACGGUAAAGUGUACUGCAAAGCGGAGACCAUCUGCGACGUUGGAUUAGAAUUCCCCCAGUGGAACUACGCCGGAUAUAACGGCCGGAAGUACCGAUACGUGUACGGGGUAGGACUGCACAAGGGCAACAGGAUGACCACCAGUGUUGUGAAGAUAAACGUGGACAGCAAGACCUACGAGGAGUGGAGCGAGGCAGGAUGUUAUGUGUCCGAGCCGGUGUUCAUAGCCGACCCUAAGGGCACGGCUGAGGACCAUGGUGUUCUAUUGGUCGCAGUCAACAAGAUCCACACGAAAGACUUGAGGAGUUGCUUCUUGUUAGUGCUGGACGCCACAAACAUGACGUCACUGGCCAAGGUCGAGUUUGAAGGAUUAGACAAUUUUCCAAGAGAUUUCCAUGGGCUUUUUAAAUCUGAAAUUGGCAAAACCAAAUAAAUUAUAUGUGUGAGUAGUGAGUGUGAAAAUCACGUGAUUAAUUAAUAUAACGAUUGGGGUUAUAAUGUUUACAAGGAAUGCAUGCGUUUGCCCAACACUAAUUUAUACUGUUUCCGUGUUAUUCGUUAGCGUUUGUGUUUUUGUUUUUCAUAUGAUUUUGUCCUGUGUCUGAUUGUAUUGAAAUUGAUCAUUUGCUUGAAGUGGUAAUAAGAAUGAUUUAAUGCUAACUUAACUGAAAUUUCAUUUUUUUUGUAUUUCUGAAUUCUAAUUUCAAAGUCUAGUGAAUGUGUUUCACAUUAAACAUCAGUGCAAUAGAUGUACAAAAGUUGAAGUAAAGUAUGCCUGUUGUCGAAAUGUAAUCAUUGAAUACGUUAACCAAUUUUAAUAUAUUCGUUUAAAUAACACGUUUCUUCAAAAUGCCACGUAUCACUAGUUUAGAAAGUUCAAUUCAAUAUGGGUAGUGGUGUUGUUUUAUAUUGAUUGUAUGGUAUCGUUGUUAAUAUCCGCCGAUACCGGGCAAUUGACAACUUAGAGAAUACUAUGCAAGUGGCAUUGUGUAAGAAGACGGUUGUGUCCAAACUAAAAUUCUUGUUUCCCCACUGCGAACUACAAAAAACAAUAAUGGCUGUCAUGUUAAACUUCCAAAGUGAUAACCCCUACGUCAAGCCUGAUUCAGCAAUUAUAUCCGCCGAAAUUGUUUUUGUUUAGUCUAUAAACAACUCUUCUAUUUACACGUUACUUAAUGCAAUAAAAAGUCAAACGUA